AAAAAGAGAAAGAAAGGAUAAAGACAUCAAAAAGGAUGAAAGCAAAUAAAAAGUGUUUGUAAGAAAAUGGAAAAAAUCCAUUAAUUAUUAAACUGGUUAUUUGUUAUUACAUUAAUACAAAAUCAAUAGUAGCUGAUACUAUAGAUAUUUGUCCGGCGUCUCUCUCUCUCCAAAUAUUUUACUACCUAGUUCUCUCUGUCUGCCUAGAAAAUAUUGAAUCUUUUUUUAAUUUACUAUAGCUUACUCCUCUUUCUCUCUUCCUUCACAUCAAUAGUCACAUAAAGUUUUGAAUUUUUUUUUAACUAUGCAGAGCAGCAAUCACAAAUGAAAAUGAUUGUGUACUAGGGCAUGGACAGCUUCAAGGGGCUAUUUUUGGAGUCCCCCAUCACAGCUCCACCUGUUUUGCUUGGAGAGCUGACAGAUGGACAGGAACAGAUUAGGUUUAAGGAUUCAUCACUCUGGAUCAUCACAAUCAGAGGAAUCUGCUUUAGAUCUGGAAAGAAACUACUGCAGUCAUCCUAAUUUGCUGUGGUCAAGUCCGUCGCCACUUCAACCUUUCGCUUCAGGUGGGCAGCACUCUGAGAGUAAUGCUGCCUACUUCUCCUGGCCCACAUUGAGUCGACUAAAUGAUGCAGCAGAAGUCAGAGCAAACUAUUUUGGAAACCUCCAGAAGGGAGUGCUCCCUGAAACUCUUGGGAGGUUGCCAUCAGGUCAGCGAGCUACCACCUUGCUUGAGCUGAUGACCAUUAGGGCAUUUCAUAGCAAAAUAUUGCGGCGGUUUAGUCUUGGCACAGCAAUUGGGUUUAGAAUCCGGAGGGGUGAUUUGACUGAUAUUCCUGCAAUUCUUGUUUUUGUUGCCCGUAAAGUUCACAGGCAAUGGCUCAGCCAUGUCCAGUGCCUACCUGCAGCCCUUGAGGGACCAGGAGGUGUAUGGUGUGAUGUGGAUGUCGUAGAAUUCUCAUAUUAUGGUGUUCCUGCAGCAACUCCAAAGGAACAGUUGUAUACUGAGCUGGUAGAUGGCUUGAGAGGAAGUGACCCGUGCAUUGGGUCCGGAUCUCAGGUUGCUAAUCAAGAGACCUACGGAACCCUGGGUGCGAUUGUGAAAAGCCGAACAGGUAACCGCCAGGUUGGUUUCCUCACAAAUCGGCAUGUUGCAGUUGACUUGGACUACCCAAACCAGAAGAUGUUUCAUCCUUUGCCACCAAGCCUCGGACCUGGGGUGUAUUUGGGUGCUGUGGAGAGAGCAACCUCAUUUAUCACCGAUGAGCUUUGGUAUGGCAUAUUUGCUGGAACAAACCCAGAAACAUUUGUCAGAGCAGAUGGGGCCUUCAUUCCUUUUGCAGAAGAUUUUAACAUGAACAAUGUAAAUAUAACUGUCAAAGGUGUUGGUGAGGUUGGUGAUGUCCAUGUUAUAGAUUUGCAAGCUCCAAUUAAUAGUCUCAUUGGAAGGCAAGUGGUCAAAGUUGGAAGGAGUUCUGGCUUGACUACUGGGACCAUAAUGGCCUACGCACUAGAGUACAAUGAUGAGAAAGGGAUUUGUUUCUUUACCGAUUUUCUCGUUGUCGGUGAGAACCAACAGACAUUUGAUCUUGAAGGUGACAGUGGAAGCUUGAUUCUCUUAACAGGCCGGGAUUGUGAGAAGCCACGGCCAGUUGGGAUCAUUUGGGGUGGGACGGCUAAUCGUGGUAGGUUGAAACUUAAAGUUGGCCAACCCCCAGAAAAUUGGACCAGUGGAGUUGAUCUUGGUCGCCUUCUUGACCUCCUUGAACUUGAUAUCAUCACAACCAAUGAGGGGCUUCAAGCAAUGAUAUCAAGUUUCCAACAUGUGUUUCUUGAAGAGGUGAUGCCAGCCUAUGUAAGUUCAUUAGCAAUGAUCUUUGACCGUUACAUUUUGCACACAUACAAAUAUGCAAGAGCUGAGAAGGCAAAAUUUCUCUACAAGGACAAAAUAUUCACCUUUUAUUGCUCUCAGAAAAAAUUGAACCUGCCAGAGCUUUUCUUUUUUCCUUUUGUUUUCAUUGCUUUUGAUAGAAGAUAAAGUUGACACUGUAAUAGUUUGAUGCAAAACGAAGGCCUAGUGUGUGAAUCUAUGGGAAAAUGUAAAGAGAGAGUUAACAAAAAAAUAAUAAUAAUCCUCCUGACAUUAGACCUUACUCUUCAGUGAAAUUUGUGUGCAUGUUAUCCCAACUUGUGAUACUUUCUGACCUGUUCAGUUAUUGAUAUAGCUGCAAUUCAAGAUCAAAGAAAUCCGUUGGCACAAGGAAUAGAUUCUACUGUUGGAGAGUCAUCUCCUCUAGACCGAGUGCCAUCGAAAGAAAAAAUUGAAGAAAACUUUGAGCCUCUAAAUUUAAACAUUCAGCAAGUGACAGGUGAAGGUGAGUCCCAGCACGGACAGACCCCACUUUUCAUUGGCCCUGAAUUUCAUAUAGAAGAUGCGGUAGAAGCUUCUCCAAAUGUGGAACAUCAAUUCAUCCCAAGUUUCUCGGGGAGAUCUCCAAUGCAUGAUAACACACCCCAGGAAAACCCAGAAUUGAAAAAUCUCUCAGCAUUAAGAAGCGACUCUGAUGAGAUGUGUUUUUCAUUGCAUUUAGGUGAGCCUGAACCAAAGAGAAGAAAGCAGUCAGAUUAACCUUUUAGCAUUGAGGAAUCGAAAUGAAGGUUCAAUGCUGCUUGGAAAAACUCUUGAAAAAUGGAGUUGCAAGAUUGUUUACACAUUCUUCCCCAGCUGCUUGGCCUUCAAAUUCUGAAUUGUAAGUAUCCUGAAAUGUUAAAUUGCAAAGAGAAAUUAAGGUUCAUACCUCAACUAGGUAAAUUAUGAUUCUUUUUUUCCAUGUUCUGGUUAAGGUUACAGCUUUAGGUUAUGUGAGUCAUACAUUAUCCAGUAGAAAAAUGGUUAGGGAGGUCCUUCAUUAAAUAUGUCUUCAAUUGUAUUUACCUAUGUCAAAAUUGUUGUACCAUAAACACUCCUAAAAUGGGGGCAUGAACAGUUAGUUAAACAUAAAAUGUCAUUUUGACAAACCAUGUCGGUUCUAUCCUUUUCCCCGGAGGAGUUCUCCUUCGGAUAAAACUUGUUGAAGCCUGUUGGAGUAAAUAAUGAAUCCUUUUAGUCUGCUUUAGACAAAGCGUAUUGUUCAGAUGUUUUUGCACUGUGUGUUUAGCUGUUCAGUCAUUUAUUACAUAUUGUAUUGGUACAUAUUGAUCAAGAUCUAUUUAUUUGUGUGAUCGUUUUGGGAAGGGGAUUUACGUUGAA